AUGGAUGAGGGCCAAGGACCAUCUCAGAUCGGUGCAUAUCCCGAGCACAAGAGGACAUUUGGUGACCGGCUCCGUGGUUUCAAGCAGACCUUCUUCACCAGGGAGGGCCUGGUAGGCGACUACGACUAUGCCUUCCUCUUUACGCCGAGCCUUCCCUUUAUGAAGAAGAGGGCUCAGGCGGCUCCCUUUUUCGGCCUCAACGAGAACCUGCCCGUGGUCCUUGCCGUCUUGUUGGGUCUCCAGCAUGCCCUGGCCAUGCUGGCUGGUAUCAUCGCUCCGCCCAUCAUCCUCGCUGCCGCCGCCAACCUGUCCACUGAGCUGGAGCAGUAUUUGGUGUCGACGUCGCUGAUCGUCUCGGGUGUCUUGUCCAUGGUUCAGAUCACAAGGUUUCAUCUUUUCAAGACCCCAUACUACCUGGGCACGGGGGUAAUUUCCGUCGUGGGCGUCUCCUUUUCCACCAUCACCGUCGCCACCCGCGCCUUCACUCAGAUGUACGAGAACGGCUACUGCCCGACUGCCGACGACGGCACCCAGCUGCCCUGUCCCGAGGGAUACGGCGCCCUCAUCGGCACCUCGGCCGUCUGCGCCCUGCUUGAGGUGCUCAUCUCGUUCAUCCCGCCCAAGACCAUGCUGCGCAUCUUCCCACCCAUCGUUACAGGUCCCACGGUCAUGCUCAUCGGCAUCAGCCUCAUCGAGAGCGGCUUCGAGGCCUGGGCUGGUGGAAGUGGUUCUUGCAUGAACCCUACCACUGCGUAUUAUGCUCUGUGUCCGGAUAUCGAUGCGCCGCAUGCCCUGCCCUGGGGAAGUGCUGAGUUUUUGGGCCUCGGGUUCUCCGUCUUCUUGACCAUCAUCCUCUGUGAGCGUUUCGGCGCCCCCAUCAUGAAAUCCUGCUCCGUCGUCAUCGGUCUCCUCGUGGGCUGCAUCAUCGCCGCCGCCUGCGGCUACUUUGACCGCUCCGGCAUCGACGCCGCCCCCGCCGCCAGCUUCAUCUGGGUGCACACCUUCAAGCUCAGCGUCUACGGCCCGCUCGUGCUUCCCCUGCUGGCCGUCUUCAUCAUCUGUGCCUGUGAGGCCAUUGGUGACAUCACGGCCACCUGUGACGUCUCCCGCCUCGAGGUUGACGGCAAGCUGUACGAGAGCAGGAUCCAGGGUGGUGUCCUGGCUGAUGGGAUCAAUGGGCGUGCUGGCUGCCUUAACAAUGGUGUGAUUGCGCUGACGAGGUGUGCGAACCGCAAGGCGGGCUACUGUGCAUGCAUCUUCCUCAUCAUCAUGGGCAUCCUCGCCAAGUUCGCCGCAGCCCUGACCUCCAUCCCCUCUGCCGUGAUAGGCGGCAUGACCACCUUCCUCUUCACCUCUGUCGCCGUCUCUGGCAUCGCCAUUAUCUGCCGCGGUGUGCCAUUUACCCGUCGCAACCGCUUCAUCCUCACCGCCGGUCUCGCCAUUGGCUACGGUGCCACCUUGGUUCCUACCUACUUCAGCUACGUCUUCACCUAUAGCGGCUCCAACAAGAGCCUGCAGGGCUUCCUGGACGCGAUCGAGCUGGUCAUGGAGACUGGGUUUGCGGUGACGGCGCUGGUGACUGUGAUUCUGAACUUGUCGCUGCCUGAGGAGUUUGAGGAGACGGACGCGGAUGGUGGUGAGGUCGUGGAGGGCUCGGCGGCGCAGAGGAGCAGGGAGACCAAGAGGGUGGUGAGUGAUGGCGGGAGCCGCGAUGGGGACGAGAAGUUGGCAUAA